GUAUGUUUGUCAUUUAAUCUUCAGAGCACAUUGGUGGCAACUGGAAGCAUGGAUACCACUGCCAAAUUGUGGGAUAUAGAGAAAGGAGAAGAAGUAGUCACUCUAAAUGGGCAUUUUGCAGAAAUUAUUGCAUUGUCUUUCAACACCACAGGAGACAGGAUUAUCACUGGCUCCUUUGACUACACAGUAGCAGUGUGGGAUGUUGGCACUGGCAGGAUGUUACAUUCUUUAGUAGGUCACCGAGGAGAGAUUACCAGUGCACAGUUCAACUGGGACUGUUCUCUCAUUGUCACUGGAUCAACGGACAAAACAUGCAUGCUGUGGAAUGCUAUGACUGGGACACAUAUAGCAACUUUAACAGGUCACAGUGAUGAAAUAUUGGAUGUCUGCUUUGAUUAUGCUGGCCAGCGUAUUGCAACUGCCUCUGCUGAUGGAUCAGCAAGAGUCUAUGAUGCAGAAACAAAAAAGUGCAUUGCAAAACUAGAAGGGCAUGGAGAUGAAAUUUCAAAGGUAUGUUUCAACCCUAAAGGCAAUCGUAUACUAACAGCCAGCUCUGAUAAAACAGCUCGACUCUGGGAUGCUGCUACUGGACAAUGCCUUCAGACAUUAGAGGGUCAUACUGAUGAGAUAUUUUCCUGUGCUUUCAAUUACAAAGGCAAUAUAAUCAUUACAGGGAGCAAGGAUAACACCUGUAGAAUAUGGCAUUGA